AUGGCCUCACUAUCCAGCUGGAUCGCCGCCCUUAACGCCAAGCGGAUCAAGGCCAAGACGAUUAAAGCAUACCUCACCGGCGUCAAAUCCACACACGUGGACCUUGGGUACGAGGGAUUAGAGGUUGUUCAUAGCCCACAACUGGAACGGAUCAUAGCCGGUGUUCGCCGGCUACGAGGUGAGGCCGGUACGAAAGAAAGGUGUCCACUGACAAAGGAUAAACUCCUCAGUCUACUACCUCAGUUCGAUCAGUCCACAAAGGAGGGAUCUACUAUGCAUGCCGCCUUUUGUCUGGCAUUUGCCGCCUUCCUUCGGAUAGGAGAAUUUACCUACCCAAUGCGUGACCGGCAGGACGAAGCUUUCAGCAAAUGGUUCCUUACCCGCAGGAUCACCCCGAAUUGA